CCCCCUGCAUGAAUGGCCAGGGAGGGCACGGGUCUAGGUCCUUAGGAUCUUACUUUCUGAAGCAAACAGGUCUGCAAGCUCAGGCAAUCCAGAUUCUAGGGGAAAGAGCCUAAUGCUGCUGCUGCUGUUGCUGCUGCUGCUGCUGCUGCUGCUGCUGGGUGUGUGAUGUGGUGUGUUUGUGCCUGUGUGUGCAGUCAGCUUGCUGAUGCUUCUCACGUAAUGUUUGGUAGGAAGUUUCCAUGCUUUCUUCAGCUUAAUCUGUAAAAAAAAAAAAAGGAGCUAAGGACAAGCAAGGCAGAAUGAUAAUGAAGGUCUGGGUUUCUGUCCAUGAGAUUCCUUAUGAAUUUCCAGCUACAAGUUUUCCGCAGCCUUGAAAAGAAUGGGGGUGAGAGCCCCAUAGGGAGCACCUCCAGAUUGUCUCAAGAGGAAACUCUGGGAACCAGAUAUUGAGGUUUUAGGUCUCUGGGAAGCCCUGAAACUUUUACACUCCAACAUGAUGAAGACAGCUGGGCCAAGAUAUGACACAAGCAGGAAUCCUAAAGAAUCUCAGCGAUGUGAUAGCAAAUGAUGAGUAGCAUCCACCAUAGCAACGGACCAGCCAGCAUGAGUGUCAACAAAGUAUCGGCUUUCUCAUUGACAUUGGAACAAAAAACAGGCUUUGCAUUUGUGGGGAUUCUAUGUAUUUUUUUGGGUCUUCUUAUUAUCAGAUGCUUCAAAAUCCUGCUGGACCCCUAUAGUAGUAUGCCUUCCUCUACUUGGGAAGAUGAAGUAGAAGAGUUUGAUAAAGGAACUUUUGAAUAUGCCCUUGCAUGAAAGACCCUGCCUUCAUUUUCACUGUCAUUCAAGUUCAACAGAAAAAAUUAAAAAACCAAUAACCUGUGGCUUAUCCAUCUGUAACCAUCACUGAUGCAAUGAAUGGAGGCUUGUGGUAUCCAUUUGGUUAAAUAAAUGUCUAUGGUUAAAUCA